AUGUCUAGACACAUGCAUGAGGACUCCUCAGCAGGCUCCACUUUCACCAGGCUGACUCCGAGAGAGGGCGGAGCCGAGGACGAGACGGGCGGUCCUUUGUCACGUUACGCACGCCCCGCGCUCGCUGCUGUAGCGCGCAGAGAGGAGAGAGGAGAAAGGAGAGAGGUCGAGGCAGUAAAGAGGCAAAAUGCUGUUGCGUGUUCAGCUCGGGAAGAGCAGAAAUACGUCAAGCUGUCUGAGCUGACAUUCAAUGCUUUCUUGAAAGAAGUGUGUCUAAAAUUCAACAUACCAGAAAGCAGAAAGCCAGACAUUAAGGUGUAUGACCAGUCUGACACAGAAGUUGACUCAGAUGUUUUUGAAGAAUUAGUAAAGGAGUCACCUGGAACUUUCAGAAUCAUGCUGGGCAAUGGACUUGAUACCUCUCAUUCAUCAUCAUGCUCGGGUACAUCUGAUGACACCAUCAUUCUGAAUUUCACUGUGUGUGACGAUGUUGAAGAAGUAGCGGCUGGCGAAGGAAGCCAGCCUAAAAGGCCAUGCCACAUAAACUAUGAGGCAAAAGCACUGAUUGAAAAAAUCCUAACAUCAAAGCCUGGUGGUGAACGCAUUAUGCAAGAGUAUGGAAAAACCAAAUCUCUGACAGAUGCCACCAGAAGACAGAUGAUCAACAUACUUGCUGCUGAGAUGACAGAAACACAUGGGACAUCCCCCCCCAAAAGUGUCAGAGUGAUGUAUGCACAGGGGAUAGUAGCUUUGUUUCCCUAUCUAGAAGACCCAUACUCACAACAUGGAUAUGAUCAUUACUACGAUCCGGAGAGUGGUUCCGGAUACCUUGCAUGGCGAUUGAAGACCAUACAAAGAAAAACAGCAGAGGAAAGAGGUGCCUCAGUCAGCAAAUCUCCUAAAGUUGGUGGGCCAGGCCGUGAUCGUCAGCCCUUCACCUAUGACAGAGAGCCAUCUGAUGAGGAUGUGGAAGCAGCUAUUGCUGUUUUGAGACACUCUGCUGAUGAAAACACUGUCCGUGAGAAGAUGAAAAUGACCUUCAUAUAUCGGCAAGCAAUGGUCAACGAUGAAGCCAAAUCAUCAGAUGUCUUCUCGGUCUUCCCAAGAUUUCUGGACACACCAGGACUGAUAGAACAAGAUUUCAGACUUCUGUUUGGUGAGGCCACAGCCAACAAAUUCUUGGAGAAGUGGCCAACCACUUUCAAAGCAAAAGUAAUAAAGGAAAGCCAUGGACUUGUAUCCACCACAGAACUCUUGGAUUUGAUGCGCAAUGCUGAGUCAGCUGCUGAAGUUGAGAAUGGCUGGGACAGUGACAUGUCUGCAAUCUUGCUGCUGCUACAUUUGCUACCACCAUCUGCACAAGGUAGAAAGAGGCCGGGAAAGAUGUCUGCAUAUCAAGCUGUAGAUCAGCUCAUCAGAUUUCAAAAGGUUGGAACCAGUGUGCAGCAGCAUCUUGACAACAUCACCCAAAGCAGUCAGCCCCUACCUUCUCGCCCAGGGAUCCACACAGAGCAGCAUUCACUCCUACUUCAUUGUGGUUGA